GGGCCGGGGGGCCGCAGGGGAGGAGGGCAGUCCCGAGGUGGGCUCCCCGGUGCUGCCCAGCUCCGCCUCAGAGCCCCUUCCCUCUCUUCUGGGAGAUGGAGGGCGAUGAACAAACUCCCUCCGUCCUCCCCGGGGCACCCACAGCUCCGCCGUGCGGGUCCUUCGGGAUAUUCCUGCCGGGAAAGGCGCAGGCGGGCAGGGCAGGGCUGGUGAUGCGCGGCCCUUGCACGGUCAGGUCCCUUGUCCGGUCAGAUCCCUCGGCUCUGCACUGGAGCUCAGCCGGCGCGGGCGGUACCGCGUUCCCGAGGCAGCAUUUACACCCCGCUGGGUUCCCGUGAGUGCUGUACGGUCCAUAAUGUCCUUACAGGGUGAACCAUCCCGCCUCGCUGCUCUGUGAAACCGAAGGUCUGUAAAAGGCACGAGUGACUCCAGCCUGUUGUUGCAGGUUCUGUCGUCUCCCCUGUGUGACAGCACCGGCCUCUCUCUGUCCCUGCGCUGACUGCGGGGUUGGUCAUCACGAGUCCGAGGGCUGGACAGAAACUAAAGCACCUGUUGACCCUCCUGAGUUGUCUUCAGAGUACAGACACACCCAGGAUGUGCUGCAGGAACCCUCCGUGUCUGACUGCCAGAAGUAAAGCAGUUGGAUAAAUCUGCUGGGACAAUAGAAUUCAAGUGAUUAAUGUGACUUAAAAGUCUCUCUGCAGGUGGAAUGCCUCCUGUUCCUCAAGUGGCUCAACAGAUUAGCCAGGAGGGAGACCAACAGCAAAAUGGACCAAACUUGCCAAGUUUGCAUAAUUCCUUCCCUGAUCCACACAGCAGGAACCCAGCUUUUCCUCAGCAGGUACAACCAGCAGGCUGGGCAUGCAGACCGGUCUCUCUUCGAUGUGAUUGGGAUGGAAAACCAAAUUACUUGCUAUGAGGCACAAAUACUGCCAAAACUGAAGGUAACUAGAAAGCUUAUUGAAGAGAUCUAUUGCUCCCCUUCAACACCCAGACUUGAGCCAGUGAAGCUCAAACCAAACAGGUUAUUUACACCAGUGCAGUAUGGACAGAAACCUGAGGGUAGGACUAAAGACUUCUCAAGGUCUCAGGUGCAGCAGACAGUGGACACAGCAGCAAUGGCAGAUCAUCAUGAGAAAAUACAAAGACUACAACCCCUUGCCCUGUUCUCAAACAAAUCAGCAUAGGAAAGCCAGCAAAACUUUACUCAUGGCUUCCACAGCUGGAGCACAAGAGAGGAUUGCUGAGGCAGAGAAGCCUGUAACAUUACAGUUUAGAGGGAAAAUGUUUACUGUGUCCUACAGUCAAUUCUGUCAACUUAUUGACAGACAGUCUCUGAAGCAUCAAGACAGUGGAUGACCUGAGUACUAAACCUAAAUCAGCAUCUACACUUUCGUGUCCGACUCAGCUUUAUCUGGUCAAAAUAGAUUCAGAAAAGAAUUUUGAAUUUAAAGGGUAUCCUAGAAGAAAAAAGACAACUGAAGGAACACCUGGACAAAAUAUAUUCUUGGAAUGAGCAUCGUUGCUCCAGAACCCCCCUGUAUGGCAGAGACCUGUUGGAAACUUGCUCUUGGAUCAGUGAAAGAAAAAUCUCAGCACUUUUCUGCCAGGAUUAACAAGUGGUGCUGGGCUGGCUUUGCAGAUUGCCUUCCCUAUCCCAGUACUGCAGAGGUUCUGAAGGAUCCACUGCAGGAACUCAUUCUGACAGUGAAGCAGCAACAGAUAGCCCUGAAGGAUCUUAUUAUGAGAGAUCUCUGCGUGUUGCCAGCUGUAGCUGUCGCUCCUCCACGUUUGUAUGUGACCCAUCCUCCUCACACAUAUACCCAUGGAAUGAAGCUCUUGAAGUCUAAUCUCAAGGAACAGCUCCUUCCCUACUCCCACUCAGUGCAGCAGACAGCAAGGCCUCGUUUUGUGCAGUUUCCAGAUCCCCGACUGGUGCAGUGGGACUCAGGCAAGAUGGAAGCUCUGGCUGCCUUGCUUCGGAAGCUGAAAGCAAGAGGAGAGCGUGUGCUGAUAUGGACACAGGUGAUUCCAAUGCUUGAUAUCCUGGAGCUUUUCCUGAACCUCCAUCUCCUCACGUACGUACGAGUUGGUGAGAGUGGUGCUCACAGCUGGCAUUAUCUGGAAUCCAUAAAAAACUUCAACCAACACAAGAGGAUCUUCUGUGCUAUCCUUUCUUCCCACACUCCUUCCACAGGUGUCAGUCACAUGGAUGUGAGCACUGUUGUCUUCUAUGACACUGAUUUGGAUCUGCUGGUGGACACAAAGGCUGAGGAAUGGUGUGCUAAAAUUGCAAGAGGCAGAGAUAUCCACAUAUACAGGCUUGUAAGUGGUAAUUCUGUCGAAGAGAGGCUGUUGAAAAAAGGUAUUAAACAUUUGAUUCAAGAACUGGCUGCUCGGGGAGACGAUUGUUCAACAGACUUUUUAUCUCAGGUUCUUUGCUCUGAAUGUGGAAAUGAGGAUUCUAGAAAGUUUACAGAAGAGACACUGUCUGAGCUAAGAAAUGACACAGAUUCAGAGCUGUAUGAUUCAAGAAACACCAUGGUUCCUUCUCAGUUAGAACAGCUGGCUAGCUUGGUGGGUCAGUUAGGAAAAUGGAAGCCAAUACUUGGAGCCUAUUUUCAGUGGUACCAUUGGGAUGGGAGCAGACUCAUGGUCCUCCCCGAGCCUCCUCCUCUCCAGGCUGAGCCCCCCCAGCUCCCUCAGGCCAGCCUCUCCUCCCAGGACUUGUGCUCCAGUCCCCUCACCAGCCUCGUCGCCCUUCUCUGGAGCUCGCAGGUGUUGUGGACUUUUACACCAAAUCCUGAAGGACAGCCCUGCCUGCACAGAAGUACUUCCCCUCCGCUAUCAAUAAACACGAGUUUGUCCGUCCUGCCGCCGACUCUCGUUCCUAUCGCGACAUACGCGGGGGGGGACGACAGGAGCCCUCACACACCCUCCCUGCUGCGCAGGCGCAGCGGGCGGCGCAUGCGCGGGCGGUGCGUGGGGCCGUGCGCAGGCGCGGCGGGCCCGCUCCGUGUAGUGGCGGCGCUGGUGGCGGCGGCCCCGCCCGCGCGUCCUGCCCGGGGCCCGCGGGGAGUGCGGUGA